AUGGCAUCGAAAGCGCAACAACUUAGAAUUUUAGUUGCAAAAAAGGAGCAAUAUUUUCAAAGGUUGCAGAGAUUGUAUGAGAAUAGUCGCGAUAUAUCUUCUUCAGAAAAAUUGAAUAAUUUUCGGGUUAGAUACGAAACCUUGGCAGAUACAAAAACAAAAUUUUUAGACACCUUAGAUGAAAUCAAUAAACUUGAAUAUCAAAUUAGCGAAGAUCACGUCCCUAAUUACCAAGUAUUAGAAACAUUUGACCAAUUAAUUUGUCACAUAGAAUCGGUCGCGAAACGUGCAAUUCCCCCUGCUACUGCAUCGCCUUACGCUACAGGAUCAGAACCACAACGUGAUCUAGUCACAGCAAAAACAAUUCGGAAGUUACCAGAGUUGCCUCUGCCGAAAUUUAAUGGUAAUAUUAAAGAUUGGCCUUUGUUCAUAGAAAUUUACAACAAUAUGAUUCAUAACAAUAGAGAUUUAAACGAUGUCGAUCGUGUCAAUUAUUUGGUUGGGUGCUUGAGCGGCAGUGCGCUGUCAGUGUGUUCAGGUAUUCCCCCUAUUGGCGAUAACUAUCGAAUUAUUCUUAAGGCAUUGGUCGAUAAGUUUGAUGAUAAACGUUUAAUCGCAAAUUCAUACAUAGAGCAGUUACUUAAUUUUAAACAGGCUCAAGGAGAAACUUUCGCGUCGCUGAACUUGUUUAUAGAAACUUUUCAUUCAGCAGUAACGGCAUUGCGCAAAUUAGAAAUUGAGGACUUGGCUGAUUACCUUUUGUCUUAUCUCGCCUUUUCAAAAUUAAAUCCAGACACGCAAAGGUUAUUUGAAAAUACUCGCCGAAAAUCUGAAAUUCCGUCGUAUGACGAUAUUGUAACAUUCGUUAAAGAACAAGCAAAGAUAUGCGCCCGUACUAAUGCUCCUUCAAAAAUACCUUCCAUGGCUGCUAGUUUUAAACAUGCUUCUAGUCGAGAUUGUAGUAGUAUCAAUAAAGCAAAAGCGCCUCAUUCGUUCGUAGUUCAAGACAACACCACUGUAAAAUGUGGAAUUUGUAAAUCUGCUGCACAUGUAGCUUGCAUGUGUCCCACCUUUUUAGAAGUUAGUCCGCAAGAGCGUUAUCAAUUAACCAAAACUAACAACUUGUGCCUGAAUUGUUUGGCAUUUCAUAAGAUCGCAAAUUGUAAAAGUACGCAAUCUUGUAAAGUGUGCAGAUCACGACACCAUACUUUGCUGCAUUUUAGGUCUCCUGGUAAGAAUGUAUCCGAUUCUGUACUGGAAAAAACGGCAGGCAAACCCGUCGAGAAUCAUAAUCCUGCCGAAGCGAACACUAGUAUUAGUACCACUUUAAAUUAUUGUAUUGCAGACAAUAGGCCUCUUCCACAAGCCAUUGUGUUAGCCACCGCAAAGGUUUACGUUUUUAACGGAGACGAUGCUUAUAGGGAGGUACGUGUUCUUAUAGAUAGUUGCAGCCAAGGGAAUUUUUUGACCUUAGAAAUGUGUCGCAAACUAAAAUUAAAAAUGUCUAAAUAUAUUGGAUUAGUACGUGGCAUAGGAUCUGUAAAUAGCAACAUCAUUGGUUUAGCACAAGUGGUAAUUGGAUCUAGGUUUGAUGCAACAAAACGUUAUUCAUUGGAGGUAUUCAUUGUAGAUAAUAUUGCUAACACGUUGCCAAAUUCGGAGAUUAAUAUUGAUUGUUUAGGAUAUUUAAAGUCAUUACCAUUAGCGGACGAUAAGCUUCACAUACCCGCCAAAGUUGACGGAAUAAUUGGAGCAGGACUAUUUCCUUAUUUGUUGACAGACACCCGAAUUAUAGGUCCACCUAAUUUACCCAUUGCCGUCGGAACCACUCUUGGAUUUGUUGUGAUGGGCACUGCCCCAGUCACCGCCCCAGCAUUAUCGCCGUCUAAUUUUUGUGCUGUAGUUGAACAUUCCCUUGAUAAUUUAGUUGAACGGUUUUGGGAAUUUGAAGAUAUUCCAACGAUAUCGGUGGCUAAACCCGAUGAUUUAGCUUGCGAAAAUAUUUAUCAAUCUACUUAUAGCCGUGAUAGUAAUGGUCGAUUCACAGUGGCAUUACCUUUUAAAUAUAACAGUAGUAAUUUGGGCGAGUCACGUGCAACUGCGCUUCGCAGAUUCCUCACAUUAGAAAAUAAAAUGAUAAGGAAUGAAGAGUUUAGAAAUAAAUAUUCGGACAUUAUACGAGACUAUAUAGCGCAAGGCCACAUGUCAAAAGUUUCUCAUAGCAAUGGCGAUAGUAACUACUUUAUUCCUCAUCACGCAGUACUGAAAUCUUGCUCUACUAGUACACCCAUUAGGAUAGUAUUCGAUGCUAGUUCUCUUAGAUGUAUUCGACAACUAAUUCAUGAUGAAAAGGAAUCGCUGCCUAUCGCUGCGGAGAUUGUCCAGCGAGACAUGUACGUGGAUGACUUGAGGUGGUUUCCAGUUAACGAAGUGGGCCACCAAUUCCCGUGA